AUGACGGAAAGCCUCGUGCCAGCGCCCCGUGCCGGCGCCCCCCACUUCCCCAACUGCUUCUAUCCCGUCGAGGCAAUGGCGUCAAGCCUUCCUAGUCAUGUCUCGGACAGAACCGUACUCUUGUCCGCCGACCCAGAGGCCCUCUUCUAUGGGCCUCCCCAUCUAGCACGUCCGAGGGCUGCAGAGGGGCGCAGCCCUCGCAGCCCAGGUCGACACAGGGUGGCUCUUGUUUUGUUGGCCGCCGGUCUCGUCUCGGGGUUUGCUGCCACCUUUCCGUCCUGUGCCGCCGUCUCUCAACGCUGUGGCUUACCGGAGCCCUUCCUCCCCUCUCAUCAGUACAGCCACAUCGCACUAUCUCGUGGCGUCCAGUUGCCUCUCCUGGUUGCUGCUUGGCUCUGUGCCCAGGGUCUUCUGUCAUGUUCGCUGUCGCCAAACAUUUGGGCAUUGGCCCUCUCGAGAGUCGUCGUCGGCUUGGGUAAAUCGGGCCGCUCGUUAUUGACCGUCAUAGUCAUCAGCGAUCUUGUUAACGUUACCGAGAUCCCAUUAUGGAGUUAUGGAGAAGCGGAGUGCUCGUCAUUUGAUGCCGAAUACGCCAUGAUGUUCGUGUCCUGUGCUCUGGUCGCCAUCAGCGCCGCCUUCGCCCGCAGUGCGCGCGUAGACCUACUACCCCCUAUGCCGGGCUUGAGUGAACGCCCGUUUGAUGCUCUGGGCGCCGUCACCCUGCUGGUUGCGAUUGUUGCCCCUCUCAUGGCCAUCAGCUUGGGUGGGGAGAUGCUGCCGUGGACCCAUCCCCUCGAGAUGGCCCUUCUCUGCAUCUCUCCCCUGUUCCUGGCGCUUUUCUGCUGGGUCGAGUCCAGGGCGGCCCUGCCCAUAAUCCCGAUGGGGCUGCUGAGAAAUAAGAAUGCGCUCAUGGUCAUUGCCGCCGCUGCCGGCGUCAUUUUCAACCUAUCGCUCUAUAUCGAUAUCCAAAGCGCCGUUAUCUUGAAAGAUUGGGCCCCGUCCGUGAUCUUUGCUGCCCGGCUUUUUGGUGCCAUUCUCGCUGGCGUCAUCGUCAAGAAGACCAAGCGGUUCAAGAAACUGCUUGUGAUAAACAUGGCUCUCCUCGCAGCCGCCUACUCUACGCUGGCCUUCACAUCUACAACAACGGGCAGCAUCACUUACAUUACCCUCUUGGCAGCGGUCGGCUUCGCUAUGGGCAUUGUGGAGAAUUGCUUGAUCACUGCCCUGUUCUUGGUCGUCGACAAGAUCGCUUCACACGACCUGAUCUCGUGCUAG